AUGUACCUCCUCGCCACUCUCCUCCUCAUCGCCACAGCCACCCUCGCCGCGCCCGCCCCAGCCGAGCCGGCCUCGACGGCCGUCCAGACCGGCUCCUUCACCUUCGGCUGGGGCACGGACAACGACGGCGGACUAAUCGGCACCGGCGCGCAGUUCGGGCCAGGCAUGUACAACUACACCAAGCUGCCUCCCGGCACCAUCAUCUACCCGUGCGUAAGCCCACACUCGGCCACCGCUCACAUGCCCAGGGGCAUCUCUGCGCCCAAGUUCUUCUACCCCGCGCGCGCGACCACCGCGGGCCAGGCGACGCCGAUCACAGUGAACGACUUUGGCCCGCGGCCGGGCAAUGACUCCAACGUGCACUGUGUCGAUGCCGGGCGUCGCCCGGGGAACGGCGCCAAGCUCGGGCUGCAGCCGUGUAAUGGCUCGUCGGGGCAGAAGUGGCUCAUCAAGCUGCCUGGCAAGGUGCCCGAGAACACAGCCCUCAACGGCAAGGUCCAGCUGGCGAACACUAACCUCUGCUGGGACGUCACGGACGGCGACAGGAAGAAGCCGAUGCAGGUGUGGACGUGCUACCCUGGCAACAAGAACCAGGAGUUCGGCGUGUUCUAUACCCAUGGUUAG